GGCCCCGCGCCGGCGCAUCUGGGCGCGCUCGCGAACCUGGAGCGGCUCGAGCUCUUGGGGGGGUCGUCGAAGCAGCGCAUGCGCGUCGACGGCCCCUUCCCCGAGGCGGCGCUGCUGAAGAUGAAGAAGCUCCGCGUGCUGCGCCUGAGCUUCCUCGAGCUCGAGGGCCCCCUGCCCGUGACCGUGGGGAGGCUGCGGAACCUGGAGCGGUUGGAGGUGAACGGCAACUUCCUCGACGGCAAGCUCCCCGGCGCCAUCGCGUCGCUGAACAAUUUGCAGCGCCUCGACGUGAGCGACAACAUGUUCACGGGCCUGCUGCCGGCGAAGAUCGCCGCGGGGAAGAAGCUGACGCGCGUCUUCGUCCAGGACAACCGGUUCCACGGGCCCAUCCACAGCGCGUUCUUAUCUUUGGAC